AUGAAAGACAUUGAGACCAAGGACCAUCAGCUAACGGUCGCCCUCAGGAUCCGACCUCUGAGCGACUCUGAGCUGGAGGAGUCUGCAACCAUCGUGGCUCAUCGUGUGGAUGACCAGAUGGUGGUGCUCAUGGAUCCUCCAGGAGACCAUGAGGACGUGCUCCGUGCCAAUCGCUCCCGAGAGAAAGCCUACAUGUUCGACGUAGCCUUCGACUACUCCACCAGCCAGGAGGAGCUGUACAGAGCCACCACCAAAGGCCUCAUCCACGGCCUCAUCUCUGGGUACAACGCCACGGUCUUUGCCUACGGACCCACAGGUUGUGGUAAGACCUACACGAUGCUGGGCACAGAUAAAGAUCCUGGGAUCUACGUCCGAACUUUGAACGAUCUGUUUCACUCCAUCGAGGAGACGAGCGACAGCAUGAUGUACUCUGUGUCCAUGUCCUACCUCGAGAUCUACAAUGAGAUGAUCCGGGACCUUCUGAACCCAACCUCAGGGUUCCUGGACCUCAGAGAAGACUCUAAAGGAGAGAUCCAAGUGGCAGGAAUCACAGAGGUGUCCACUGUCAACGCUCAGGAGAUCAUGGAGUUGCUGGUGAAGGGGAAUCGUCAGCGCACACAGGAGCCCACGGCAGCGAACAGGACGUCGUCUCGCUCUCACGCUCUUCUGCAAGUCUGUGUGAAGAGACAGGACCUGAACCAGGAAGUGCGCUUUGGACGCCUCUUCAUGAUCGACCUGGCAGGUUCUGAGCGGGCUGCACAGACUCAGAACACGGGUCAGCGUCUGAAAGAAGGAGCCCACAUCAACCGCUCUCUGCUCGCACUCGGGAACUGCAUCAACGCCCUGAGCGACAAGAACGCACACCGCUACGUCAACUACAGAGACAGCAAGCUAACCAGGCUACUGAAGGACUCGUUGGGAGGAAACAGCCGCACGGUGAUGAUUGCUCACAUCUCUCCAGCCUCCAUCGCCUUUGAAGAGUCGAGGAACACGCUGAGCUACGCUGACCGAGCCAAACAUAUACGCACAAGGGUGAAGAAGAACAUGACCAGUGUGUCGCACCAUAUCGCUCAGUACACCAGCAUCAUCACAGAACUCAGAGGAGAGAUUCAGAGACUACAGACAAAGAUCAAUGAGCAGCAACGACAGAGCUCCAACAAGAGGGAUAUACGACAUGUGCAAGCUGAGGUCCUCUCCCAGAGCAGGCCUGAGGUCCAGAGGCUCCGUGAGCAGUUGCUUCAGGGGUUCAGGGAGCAGAUGGAGAUCAGGAAAACCCUGAUGGACCUGGACAGUGCUGAGUUGGAGCUGCAGGUGGAGACGUCCCACCACCUCCUCACCAUCGCAGACUGGGAGCAGGAGCAGAACCAGCGCAGCAGGAAGCGGAGGAGUGAGCAGCAGAAGGAGAGAAAGAAAGACACAGAGUGGAGAGAAAAAGACUCAGACCAGAGAGAGAGAGACUCAGACAGCUCUGAGUCUGAGACAGCAGACGUGUCCAGUGCUCGGGAGAGUCUUCUGCAGCUGAUGAGUGAGCAGAAGAGGAUCCACCGAGACAAGGCCUCCUUUGAACGGCGUCUGGCCCAGCUGAAGGUCCAGGCCGGGCGUCUGGAGGAGCGUCUUCCCCACACCGUGAGCUGUGAGUCCCAGAGACAGGUCCUGGAGCUGCUGUGUAAGGUCCAUGAGCUGGAGCUUGACCAGGCCGAGCUGCGGUCCUCGUCUCUGCUCAAAGACAGUCUGCUGCGGAGGAAGGACCAGGCCAUGCAGCGCUUUGAGACACACCAGCAGCUCUGUGACCAGAUCAUCCAGGGACAGAGGCUCUUCAUCAGUGAGCACAGUUUGCUGGUGCCUCCUCAGCUGCAGCAACUUUAUGAUGUUUACACAAAAGAAGGCGACAACCGGCGAUUGGAGCGAGCGCUGGCUUUGGACACGGCACGGUUCACUGUCAAGGAGCGCUCUCUCCCGAAGAUCUCAGUCCCUCUCCAGAGUCGAGUCCAGAUGCUAGACCAGACCCUGGACCAGACCCUAGACCUGGACUCGGACCAGGAGAGCGUGAGGACCGUGAUGCUGGAGCGAGGACCAAGCAAACACCGGAGACACACACUGCCACCGAUCCACACAGGACCUGACCUGGACAGUAACCGUGUGUUCAAAAACAGCCCUCACGCUCACAGUAUCAAAAACUCUUGCGUCGUCACUCCACCUCCCAUCCACAUCAAUGGCAAGAACAGAGAGCCUUUGGUCCCGGACUCGUUCCUGAGCUUCAGUCUUCUGUCUCACAGCGUCAGCUCUCACCUGGACUCCUCCCCCGAGAGCAGCGAGGCAGGGGCGGAGCUAAUGCACACAGAGCGAAAGAAGGGCCCACAGAACACUGCGGGGAAAGCAGCGCGCCGACGCUCCAGAGCUCUGGACGUGUUAUCUCUGGAGAAACCCCAACAGCGGUGUGCAGCACCACCUACAGGAACCGCUCUGAGCCAUGCCACGUCUGACGACAAGCUGUCCAGCAGCACAGGCGACGCCACCACGGCCCAGAGUGACGCUAACAAUGCUAACGACGCUAACGACACUAAGAGCCGAGUUAAGCUGCAGCAUCAGAGCCACAGAGAGCAGAGCGAGGGUUGCAGGAGGAAGAGGAGGAGCCGCUCCUUUGAUGUCACGGGGCGCGCACUCCCUCAGACUAAGGCCACAGUGGUGCAGAGGUUGCGGCCGUUGGACAGUACGUCUGACACACACCUCCACAUUGGGGCGCCACCAGUGCUGCGAGCCCAGAGAGGAGCAGCAUGCAGAGGGAGAGGAGUGGCCCCUGGGAACCUCCAUACAGGCCUUGGUACAGACUCUGCUCCUCUGUCGACCCUGAAGAGAGUCCCACCGCUGAGGCCCCAACAUCUGCACAUCAGCUCCACCCAGAGGCUCCGCAGGAACUGA